AUGAAUCGGUUAGCGAUGUCUUCGCCGGUGAGAAAAGAUCUGAAAUUGAUAUUUGAGUCGUCGGUAAAUGCCGUGAAACCCGAUUCACUAAUUAAAAGCUUUAUUCAAAUCAAUGAAAACCAACUUUUGGUGAAAACUUCGCAAAAUGUGGAGAAAAAGUUUUCUCUCAAUAGAGAUGUGUUUAUAUUGGGCGCCGGCAAAGCUGUACUCAAAAUGUGUGAAGAAUUUCUCAAUCAAUUGGAUUCAUAUAAUAAUGAAUUAACUAAUAAUAGCCAAAAGUUGACCAUAAAUGCCGGUGCGCUAAGUGUGCCAAUCGGUUCCCAAACCACCAGAAGCUCUCUAUUUGCUAAAUAUAAUGUCCACUACAGGACGGGUGCUCUCAAUAAUAUGCCAGACAUGGACUCGCAGAAGAAUACCAUAGAAAUUGUCGAUUUAGUCAAAAGUGCCAAAAGUUGUCAAAAGAAUAGUAAGACUUCGGGCACUAAUCCAUUAAUUAUAUCAUUCAUAUCAGGCGGUGGGUCAGCGCUGCUAUCACUGCCCAAACCGGGCCUAACCCUCGAUGAGAAAUGUAGUCUAAUAUCACAAUUAGUGAAAUCAGGUGCAAAUAUCAAUGAAUUAAAUUUCGUGCGAAGAUGUCUGAGUCAAGUGAAGGGCGGAAAGUUGGCUCAAAUGGCUAUUAAUGGACCCGAUUCUGUGGAAAUGAUCUCAUUUAUCAUCAGUGAUAUCAUCGAAGAUCCCAUUGAACUCAUAGCCAGUGGACCCACUGUUGUCCACAGAACCGAUUCAGAGAAACCGUCGGAUAAAGCGCUCAAAAUUCUCAAUUAUUUCAAUAUUGAAGUGAAAGACAAUUUAAAAUCUAUUAUUUUAUUGGAGGACAAAGAAUCUGAUUCUUAUGAUAGAAAUUGUGACAAUUUAUUGCAUAAUAUAAUAAUUGGAAACAAUAGCAUAGCUCUGAAUGUGGCACAGAAUACGGCCAAAGAAUUAGGAUAUAAAGUAGUCUUUUUGGGCAAUACUAUCAAAGGGGAGGCCAGAGAUGUCGCUAAUGAAUGGCUCAGAAUUGCAUUGAAUUACAAGUACUCCGAGGAAGACGUGAAGAACUUCAGAGGAAUCUGUUGGAUAGGCGGUGGAGAGACCACCGUUAAUAUGACUGAUUCUAAAACCGGACUGGGAGGUCGGUGUCAAGAGAUGGGGCUCGCGUUUUACAGAGCCGUGUAUGACAUGCAAACUGAUGGCAAGUUUUAUUUUCUAUGCGCGGGAAGUGAUGGUCAGGACGGGCCCACAGACGCGGCCGGAGUUAUAGUCGAGAAUAUGACUAAGGAUUGCGAUCCCAACCAACAAAUACUAAAACAAUCAGACAUUGACCUAAGAAAUCAUAAUUCGCACCACUUUUUCAAAACUUAUUACAACGAGUGGUUUGUGAAGACAGGAAUUACUGGAACUAAUGUCAUGGAUAUAUAUUGUUUAGUUAAAACAUUUAGUUAA